GUUGGGAAUUUUAGUACCGAAUCGGUUAACGCGCGCAACGGACGUUCCGCAGAAGGGAACUCUUUUCAUUUCUCCCCCAAAAAAAGGUUUUUUUCUCACGAAAACUGUGAUUUUUUUUUAAAAAUUAAACAUUUCAAAUCAUUCAAAUCGUUAAACGGCUCUAAAUUCCGCGGGUGAUAAAGUUGAAGGAUUAUUGUGUAAAAAGUGUUGCAACAUUAUGUGUAUGGAUUAACCCGUAUGUGCAGGUCAAUGGGAUAAUUAGCAAACUAUUAUAUAGAUGUCUAAUUCAGUGUCAGUGUCGCAUCCAAAUAAACUGGGACAUUUCCAAUUAAAUGACAUGAAUAGUCACCAUUCAGCAACACCUCCAGAUUCCCCAGAUGGUGCCGAUGGGAAAUCCCCACCAAAUUCCCCGCCACAGACGGAUAGCCUAUCACCACCACCGUCCGCCGGAAAUGGAUACCAUUUAAAUGGGAGUUACCAAGCAAACUUCAUUCAUGCCACAACAAAUCAAUUUACAAAGAACACCGUACCCAGCAUCCGGAAAUCCUUUAACAUUGAUGCCCUCCUCGCCAAGGGGCACACAACACCAGCGGAUGAGGAUGCAAAACGACAUGUUGAUGUGGAUUCACCGGAUUCAGCAGGACGCUACCCAAGUGAUGAUGUGUUCAGUGAAGACCGUCGCGAAUUUACACCGAGCCCCGAAGAAAAGUACCCACGAUCUGAAUCACCUUCGUCCCAGCGAUCUAGUCCAUCCAUUAGUCCAGGUUGUGAGGAGCAAUCGCUUCACAUGCACCAAAUGCACCUGCAUGACCCCUUUAAGAAGCCAAUGCCACCGCAAUUGCGUCCACAAGACUUCUCCCCGCUCUACAAUAACUACCCCUAUCAUCUCAUACCCGGCGGUUCGGCCUUUCAGAGGCCCGUCGAGAUGAAACCCCUGCCCAUGCCAAUGGGAAAUCACGCAUUCAUGACACAACACAUACCUAUUGAGUACUUAGCGAGAGCCGGGAUGCUUCAUCCUCGAUUUCCAGAUCUCACAGGUUGUUCAGCACAGACAAUUCUGGGUAAGACCCGAAGACCACGAACAGCCUUCACAUCCCAACAACUCCUCGAAUUGGAGAAGCAAUUUAAGCAGAGUAAAUAUCUGUCCAGACCGAAGAGAUUUGAGGUGGCCAGCAGUUUGCUCCUCUCGGAGACACAGGUUAAAAUAUGGUUCCAGAAUAGACGAAUGAAAUGGAAGCGCUCAAAGAAGGCACAGCAGGAGGCAAAAUCCAAAGACCAUUCAAUGCAUUCGGGCACAUCGUCCAACACAUCUGAGGCGGACAAAUCAUCAGCUGCCUCCGCAAAAUCAUCAUCCGCAGCAUCGGGACAGGGAGGAGGUGGUGAGAAAAUUGGGGCAACGGAAAAGCAAAUGCCGUCGCUACCGGAAAAUGCACUAAAUAGGAAUUUUCCCGCCAUAAAGGCCAAUCAUGGUGGCAAUGAGCCACAGCAUCGGAUUGUUAACAAUUUGAUGGCAUCCAAUUUGAAUAAUUUCAGUACGUUAGUGGAAGAAAAUGUCCCCGCAACGGCCAUUUUGAAUCGAAGGGGGGUUGUCUUUGCCGACGGAGUCAUCUCCAAUGGGGACAUGUUUAGGCCGUACGUGGUGUAGACGGAAAUAUAAGUUGUGAAAGAUCCUCUUACAUUCCCUUCAAUCAGAAUACCCUUUUUUCAUUUUAAAAAAAAAUAGGAAGAACGGCGUCUUUUUUUAUAAAUUCAAUAUGGCUACAAUGUGCUAUAAAGAUCCAUAAAAACCACAAACAUUUAAAAAUGCUUGAUUUACCAAAGUAAUAGAAUUUUUACUUUAAUUUCAACAAACUUAAUUAAGCUAUUAAAAGAAGGGUAUUCGACAAUUUUCUUUUCCCAACACUUUGUAAAUAAAAACCAAUGCUAUAAAAUUAUCCUAUAAAAAGAAAAAUGAACUUAAGAGUAAAAGUAAAAUUGUAUUUAUUUAAAUAAAAACAAAAACGAUGUAAAUAUUAAUUUAAAAAAGAAAAAAGUGUGUGAAAUUCAAUUAAAUUAUUAUUAUAAAAAUAAAAGAAAUAGAAGAAUUUUGUUUUAACAAAUGAAUGCAAAAAGAAAUGAAAUAAAAACACUACAAUGUUCCUAAAUAGACAUAAAA